GACCUCUCACGAUAAAACACCUAACACUUUCUCCUGUGAUUUAGCGUUUUUAGUCGAAUCAUCCGGACAAUGUUUAGCUGUCCAGUGUUUGAAAACACGCAAAUAUCGUCAAAAUCUUCCGCAUUCAACACUCAACUCUGAUCUCCGAGAAGUCACACACCCACAGGCCACAGUCCCACACCAUUCAUCAAUCAUCAUAGUCAACUCCACAAAACCCACCAUUUCCAUCCAAUACACCAUCUCUAAUGGCAUGGAAAUCUCUCUCCAAACCCUAAAACCUCCAUUAAUCUCUCUCUUCCUCCUCCUCUCUCUCCUCUUCUUCUUCCUCACCACCCCAUUUUCUCUCUCCUCAACCCCAUCUCCUCACAACCACAGAUCCCUCCUCACUUCCCCACCUUUACCAUGCUCAACCUUCCCCUCCUCCAAUGGCGGAUUCUUCAACUACCUCUCCCUCCAUUACUGCACCUUCAACUCCUCCCCAACUUUCUCUCUCCUCUUCCUCUCACUCACCCUUCUUCUCCUCUUCCACAUUCUCAUCAAAACAGCACAAUCUCACUUCUCUAUCAUCGUCACAACUCUUUCUUCACACCUCUCUCUCUCUCCUUCAAUGGCCGCUGUUACUCUCCUUGCUCUCGGUAAUGGUGCCCCCGAUGUUUUUGCUUCCGUCGCUGCUGUUUCCGCCGGAAAUGCUCGUACUGGUUUCGGCGCUAUUUUGUCGGCGGGAACUUUUGUGUCGGGUUUUGUUGUUGGGUUUGUUGGGAUCUAUGCGGCACCGUUUUGUGUUGAUCCGUCGUCGUUUGUGAGGGAUGUUUUGUUUUAUUUGAUGGCUGCGUUUCUACUGUUUUAUGUGUAUUUGAGUGGGGAGUUGUAUUUUUGGCAGGCGGUUGGGUUUGUUGGAUUUUAUUUGUUCUUUGUUGGGUUUGUUUUUUGGAUGGAUUUUGGAACUGGGUGUAAAAAAAUUCGUGAUUUUGAGGCGCAAAAGGGUGAAGAAUUGUUGUUGGAUUCUGAAAAGAAGGAUGAUCAUAUUCAUGGAAUUAGUUCGUCUUCUGGGUUUUUCUCAGCUUUAAAGAAGAUAUCAAAGAUAUGGGAGAUUCCUGUCUCUCUUCUUCUGAAGCUGACAAUUCCUGAGACUUCACCAUCCGAGUGGAGCCGAUUUUAUCAAUCUGCAAAUAUUGCUCUUUGCCCACUGGCAUUUCUUUACUCUUGCAAAUCAUUCAUGCCCAUGGAUCAUCCUGUCAUGUUUUUGAUUUCACAUACGCACCUUCCUCUAUGGUUAGUUGUACUCUUCUCAAGCUCCUCUUUAGCAAUUCUUCACUACAUUAUUGAAAAGGAACCUCCGAAAACCGAGCAAAUCCCUGUUGUGCUAGUAGCAUUUGUAAUGAGUGUUUUCUGGAUAUCCACUGUGGCCGGGGAACUACUCAACUGUCUCGCAGCAUUAGGUCAGAUUCUCAACUUGCCACCUACAAUUUUGGGGCUAACAGUGCUAGCAUGGGGGAAUUCUGUCGGGGAUCUUGUUGCUGAUGUGGCAGUUGCCAAAGCCGGCCAGCCUGCAUUGGCCAUGGCAGGAUGCUUUGCAGGACCAAUGUUUAACAUGCUUGUUGGGCUUGGUAUGGCCUUAGUAAUACAGACAGCCAAAGUCUUUCCUGAACCAUAUGUGCUCCAUUUUCACGUCAGCAUUGUGAUUGCAUUUGUUUUUCUGUUUUUGAGCUUGAUGGGGUCACUUCUGGUUGUGACUUGGUCGAGAUUCCGGGUUCCAAGGUUCUGGGGUUUCUGCCUUGUUGGCCUCUAUGUUCUCUUCAUCAUUGUGAGCCUCAUGAUAGCCAAGUUUUCACCUUAAUAUAACCUGCAAAGAUCCUUAGGACUACUGAUAGAUAAACUACACAAGCCAGAGCCGGAGCUUCCUUCUGCUAGUGAUGAAGCUGAUGAUUGAGAUCAGUUUCCGAUAUGAUCAAGUUCAGUUGUUUGCAUGAUCAGCUAUAAGAAUUCAGAAUACAAGACUAGCUCAUACCCGCUUGCAUCGUCCGUGUGAAUAUGAACUUUGUAUGUAGAAUUGAUGCUCGGAAACGAGAUACUUGUCAAGCCUUAAUUCCUUUCUGACCAUGGUAGGAGCUACUUUGGUGUUAAUUGCUACCAAAUUAGACUGUAUAUUGUACAACCAAAGGUGAUUCUUUUGGGAUGUAAACUGCCACGAUACAACUGAGUUAACUUUGUAAAAGUUAGGGGAAGCUAAGAUAUGUCCCCCAAUAUAACUGGAAAACUAUACAGCUGAUAUAGAAUCUAUUCUCCAAGGACAAAGAGACUAGCUUGUUAAGAUGCCCAUAUGAAUGAAUGGUCAUGAGUUGAAUACAUUAUUAUGCCUAUAUGAAGCUGGUUAAUUGA